GCAUAAAGGGUAACACAGCCAAGAACUUCCUUCCUUCUCUUCUCUCUUCUCUCUUCUCUCUUCUCUCUUCCUGCUCCUUGAAUCCACCAAAGUUUUUUUCUCACAUCUCCAUCAGCGCAGAGCAACAAACCCUUUUCCCCGUUUGUCCCCCAGUCGACAUAGAACCAAUUCCAUUACACCCCAACCAAAAAAAUCAACAGAAACCCACCAGUCCAUCAUGUCCAGUCUCCACUCUUUCACCUUCAUCAUCAUAAUUCUCCUCCCCUCACUGUCCCCGCCAUUAACAAAUGCUCAAGAGACCAUCAAAUCGCCGCAGCAGCUGGAUCUCCUAAUCAGAGACUACACAUUCAGGUCCAGCUUCAUCAACAUGACCAGAACAGGGGAGAUCCACAACGUCAACCUCCCUGCAAAUCUCUCCGGCGCCGUCAGAGCUCAAGCGGCCAGGUUCCGGUGCGGCAGCCUCACACGGUACGGCGCCCGGAUAGACGGAUUCACCCUUGGAAUCGGCGUAAUGCUCUACCCAUGCGUGGAGAGAGUGAUGUUGAUCACACACAGAUUGAGCCUCAAUUGGUCAUCCAUCUACUCUGCAAACUACAACCUCUCUGGCUACCAGCUCGUGUCGCCGAUUCUCGGCCUAGCAGCUUACAAUGCCGGUGAGAAGAGGAGCAAUAGCCCCAAUUCCAGCUACCCUUUUGAAGCUGGAAUCCGUUCCGCCCAAGGAAACUCCAUCGCCAUCAAUUUCACGAACUCCAUUGAUGAUCGUAUUGUCAAUCCCCUGUGUGCGAUGUUUGAAGGAGAUGCGAAGACAGUGAGCUUGAAACCCCCAAUUUCAGAUCGAGUAUGCGGUUCGACAUCGAACGGGCAUUUUGGGCUGGUUGUGAAGCUUCCUCCGCCGGCGGGGAGUCCGCCGCCUGCAGCGGUGAUGGCGGCGGGUGGAGGAGGGAGAGCGGCGGUGUGGAAAGUGGCGGUGGCGAGCAGCGUGGGGAGCGCAUUGGGGAUUGUGCUAUUGGGUUUGCUUGUGGUGGCGAUGUUUGCCAAGGUAAAGAAGAAAGCGAGGAUGGUGGAGAUGGAGAGAAGGGCUUACGAAGAGGAAGCCCUGCAGGUUUCCAUGGUCGGGCAUGUUAGAGCUCCGGUGGCUGCCGGUACUCGGACAGUUCCCACCAUUGAGCAUCACUUCGUACAUUACAAUCCUAAAUGAAACUUGUUUUUCUCGUUUUGAUUUCUUGGUUUAGGGUUUAGAUAUAUCAUUGCGAAAUUUGUGAUCAUUCUUUCUGUAAUAUUAGGCAUGAACAGAGUAGUGAAUUGCUGCCCAUUCAUCUCCUUGGAACUCUUCAUCGUGAGCCAUUUCACGAAACCAUGAACGUUUCUUCUCUCUUUUGUUUCAUAAUCCAUGGAUUUGAAAAAAGAACAGCCAGCCAG